GUGGGAUGAUAGGUCUUUCUAACGGUUUAUUGCGUGUUGGCUAUUCUUUACGUCUGCUCUGGUGGGACACAACCUGAUUCGAGUCUUGAUAUGGCAGAGGUUAUUUAUGUUUAUAAGGUGUGUCUUUUCCUCUUUCCUCUUUCAUCUUUCAUCUUCUCUCUCCUCUCUCUCCCAAUUCUUAACCCUAACAUGCUUCCCUUCGCCAAAACAACAUCAACACAACGGUAACAACAACACUUAUAACAAUAACAAUAACAACAACAAUAAUAAUAUAAUAAUAAUAAACAGAUCUACUACAUCCUAACAAUCCUCUACGUCCCCAUGGUCCUCUCCGUCAAAAUCACCCUCCUCUACCUCCUCAGCCGGAUCUUCACCCUCCGCACGCCCCAAAUCCUGACCAUCCGGCUAGUCCUCCUCAUCACGACCAUCUACUACGUGACCAUCUUCUUCAUCAAGGUGUUCAUCUGCAGUCCCGUCUCUGCCUUUUGGACGCCGUCUUCCCUGCCAUCGUCGCCUGCAUCUAACUCCAACACCAACUUCACCAGCAGCAUCACCACCGCCCACUGCCUCAGCAAACCCGCCAUCAUCCUCGCGGACGCAAUCAUGAGCGUGGUGACCGACCUCGCGAUCUUCCUGCUUCCGGUGGGACUGCUAUGGCCGCUAGGCGUGUCAGUAAUCCGCAAGAUCAAAGUCGCGGGGCUGCUAGGCGCCGGGGCCGGGCUGCUGGCGGUGGGGUUUAGCGUUUAUCGGCUUGUGUUGGUGGUGAAGGAGUGGGGUGGGUUGGAUGUUAGUGGGACGGGCGUGUAUUUGAGGGUUUUACUUUCGGGUAACGCGGAAGGCGGCUUCGCGCUCAUCUGCUCGUGCAUCCCCGCCGUGCAUAUCCUGACGAUCCGGUUGCGGGGGAGGUAUACCUCUGUCUGGACGGAGUCGGGGGAUGAAGGGGCGGGGAAGAGGGAGCGGGAGGAGGUCCGUAGGGACGAUGCGCUGGAGGAGUCCUUGCCGUCGUCACUGUCGCCGGGUACUUCGUUGGGGGCGUUGCCUGGGGGGGGAGAAUCCGAGACAGAGUCAGAGUCAGAGUCAGAGUCAGAGUCAGAGUCGGAUGGAUAGCCCAGUUCUAGGGCAAAGCAGGGACAGCAUCAACGAGUGACAGACACUCCCGGGAUAUCGAACGCGGCCGUGACAUAGCAUCAAGAGAACAAGAAUAGCGAAUAGCGUCUACACAUAACUACAUAGGAAGAAACAAAU